AUGGCUCUUCUUGCUGAAGAGGUGGUUUCACUGCCCAAGAGUGUCCAAGAAAUGUCUGUUGAUGGUGAUGAACCAACAUCCCAUUACAUAGUUAAAGAUUCCUUUAUUGGUUCUGCGGAUGACCCUUCUCCAUCCCUUUGUCCAUUUCCAAUCCUUGAUAUUAGUCACUUUUCCUCGCCUUCAUCUUCCUUUCCUAAAACAGAAGUAGACAAGGAACUAGAGAAGCUCAAGUCAGCCCUCAGCUCCUCGGGUUGCUUCCAGGCAAUUGGUCACGGAAUCUCAAGCUCAUUCCUUGACAAAGUGCGUGACGUUGCAAAGCAAUUUUUUGCACUCCCAGAGACAGAGAAGCAGAAAUACGCCCGAGCAGUUAAUGAAUCUGAAGGUUAUGGGAGUGACAGAAUAGUUUCAGACAAGCAAGUUCUUGAUUGGUCUCAUCGCUUAACUCUUAGGGUGUUCCCAGAAGACAAAAGAAGGUUCAAUCUUUGGCCAGAAAAUCCGAAUGAUUUCAGGGACAUCAUGGACGAGUAUGCCUCGAGGAUAAAGGUUGUGACUGACGUUGUAUUUAAGGCAAUGGCAAGGGCACUAAAUUUGGAAGAAAACAGCUUCUUGAACCAGUUUGGAGACCGAGCCUUAAUGCAAGCAAGGUUUAAUUUCUAUCCAAGCUGCUCAAGACCUGAUCUGGUUCUUGGUGUCAAGCCUCAUACAGAUAGAUCAGGAAUCACAGUUCUCUUGCAAGACAGAGAAGUUGAAGGUCUUCAAGUUUUAGUAGAUGACAAAUGGGUCAAAGUUCCUGUAAUUCCUCAUGCCCUUGUUAUCAAUCUUGGAGAUCAAAUGCAGAUAAUGAGUAAUGGAAUAUUCGAGAGCCCAAUGCACAGGGUAGUAACAAACUCGGAGAAGUUGAGGAUAUCUGUCGCCUUGUUUAAUGAACCAGAACCAGAAAACGAGAUUGGAGCUGUGGAUGGCUUGGUGGAUGAGAACAGGCCAAGGACAGCAGUCCAAACCACAACAGGACAUAACUCUUUUGCAUGUCGUACUAGUUCUCAAGCUGCAAAGCAUCCUCAUUGCUUGACAUCAAACAUGGCCGGCAUGCCGCUUUCUUCUGAUGGGGUUUCAUUGUCCAAGAGUAUUCAAGAGAUGUCCAUGAACGGUGAUGAGCCACCCCCAGAAUUUUAUGUAAAAGACAGCAGUUUCAGAUGCACAGAUUAUUCCGAUCUUUCUGCAUCAAUUUCAGUACCGGUCAUUGAUAUUAGUCUUCUGCCCUCCUCAAAAGAUGAACUGGAAAAACUAAGACAGGCUCUCUGCUCGGGGGGUUGUUUCCAGGCUGUUGGCCAUGGGAUCUCCAAUUCAUUUAUUGACAAGGUCCGUGAAGUUGCAAAACAAUUUUUUGGAUUUCCACAGGAAGAGAAGCAGAAGUACUCCAGAGCAGUUAAUGAGGUUGAGGGUUAUGGCCAUGAUCUGAUAGUCUCAGAAAAGCAAGUUCUUGACUGGAACAGUCGCUUGUUUCUAAGGGUAUUUCCUGAACAUCAAAGAAAGCUCAAUCUCUGGCCAGAAAACCCAAAUAAUUUCAGAGAGGUCUUGCAUGAAUAUUCCAUCAAGCUAAAGCAAAUGAUGGAUCUUCUCUUUCAGGCCAUGGCGAAAUCACUGAACUUAGAAGAGAAAAGCUUUUCGGACCAGUUUGGAGACAAUCCAGUGAUGCAAGUCAGGUUUAACUUCUAUCCACCUUGUUCAAGACCAGACAAGGUUCUUGGGAUCAAGCCUCAUUCUGAUAGAUCGGGUGUGACUGUCCUUUUGCAAGAUGAAGAAGUGGAAGGUCUUCAAAUUGUCAAAGAUGACAGAUGGAGCACAGUUCCUGUCAUUCCUCAUGCUCUUGUUGUUAAUCUUGGUGAUCAAAUGCAGAUAAUGAGUAAUGGAAUCUUCAAGAGCCCAAUGCACAGGGUGGUGACAAACACAGACAAGUUAAGGAUAUCUGUGGCCAUGUUUCAUGAGGCAGAGCCAGAUAAGGAGAUAGGACCCGUCGAAGGCUUGAUAGAUGAUAACAGGCCAAGGUUAUAUAGAAAUGUGAAAAAUUAUGCUUCUUUCAAUUAUGAGUGCUUUCAGAAAGGCAAAGUAGCUCUUGAGGAAGUAAAAUUUCAUGCAUAAGAGUAUGUGAUCAACUGAUCAUGUAAGGAUUAUGGCUCUUUCGUGGAAGCAGAUUCUGAUGCAUGCUUAGCAGCGUCCUGCAUCAGCAAGAAAGUAAGAACAAGUGUUAGGUUAUUGUUGUGAUGCUUAGAAGGUAACUUCAUUAAGGCUAUUUAUUUUUCACUAGUGCUUUACGUGAUUAUCCAGAAGCUGGAAGGGAAAGAAUUAUAAUUGCAGCUUUAAUUGAGACUAUGAUGUGUUGAGAAUUUAAGCAUAUCGAAGCUUGAAGUUUAGCUAAAAGAUUUCUCACUCUUUACUGAUAUAAUUGACAAAACUAUGUGAUUAGUCUAAAUGUGGGAGCAAGCUUUCGUGCAUAGAACUUGAUUUCAGUUUCUCUGCAGCAGAUUAUAAGGACUAAGAAUUCAUAUCAAACUUAAAAUCUGACUCUUCUAACCAAUGCCAGAAAUGUCAUAAAUUCCCUUGAGAUGGUCACAUAAUAUGCAUGUUAGUCAAUUUUAUUGUCAAAAUAGAAUUCUGUCAAAAAACAAAUCUUUUUACCUGGUCACCAGCACUAGGAUGUUGUAACAGAAUGAAUGAAUGAAUAGGGGAAUAUAUGAGAAUCUUACUAUAUAAAUUUUAUGAUCCAAAUUUAAAUCGGGAUUAGAACAGUCUUUUGGUUUGGGCAUUGGUGCUGAAACAUCGAAGUUGAUAUCAAAUCAUAUGAGUUAAUGAGUCAGUGGAAUUUUUAGGGGCUUACUGUACAGGAUGGUGGCAAAUUCAAAGAGCUAA